AUGUCCUCAGACUCAGUCGUUUACCACUACCUCGCCAUUGGCAAGCUUGGCCGCGGAGAAGUUGUCAAGCUGUUCUUGAAGGAUGCUGGGAUUGACUUCGAGGAGAAGCGUUAUAAGUACCCUGAUACCUGGCCAGAGACCAGCGAGAAGCUGAAGCAGCAGGGCAUCACCCGCACGGGAAGCCUUCCUUCUCUUGAGUACAAGGGUCUCAUUCUCACUCAGCAUAUCCCAAUUCUUCGUUUCCUCUCUCGCGACCUCGGCAAGUAUGAUGGCCAGACGAACGAAGACAAGUACUUGGUAGACGCCGUCUCCGACAUCUACGUCGAUUGGAGAUCUCAAUGGGUUGCCAACCUCAGCGGAGCAACCGACGAGUACAAGAACGAAUAUCUCCCCAAGUACUACGAUCUCAUUGCCAAGUACUACUCUGACCGUGAGGGCCCUUACCUUCUCGGUAAUGAAGUCAGCUACGCCGACUUUGCGGUCUACCAGUCCAUUGACAAUGACACACGAACUAAGACCAUCCCUUCAAAAAUUCCUGAUGUCCUUCUCAAGUUCAAGGAAGUUUUUGAAGCUAGACCCAACAUUGCUGAGUACAUCAAGUCGGAGUAA